AGGACCUCCCCUCAUAGUUCAACGUUGAAGUAGUCCAUUGAUUUGGUCUCUCCAGCUUUCAUCCUGCUCAAAUGUGCAAUUAGUUACUUGAGAAGUGUAAAGAGGACGAAGAUGAAAUGCACGUAAGCUGUAAGGAAAAUGACUUCUCAAGAUCAAGAAGAAGCAAAAAAAGCGCAAUAAACCUAAAGGCAAAAAAGAUCAUCGACAUGGCGCUCGAUGCUAAAAUGGCCUCGAAAGUUUUUGUUUGCCUCUUUGUGACCACAGCCGCCAUCCGCGAGUCGUCGUCGUUCGUUCUUCAGAAAAAUAAAAAAGUCGGCCGCCCUUCUGCUCAGUCCACCCUGGAGAAGCCUGCUGUUGUUUCCAAAAGAUCGAAUCCCAGCAGCGCCAGGAGGUCAAUCGAGGAAGUUGUUUCCAUUGGGAGAUCGUCGAGUAGUGUUCUUCCAGCUCCUGACGAGAACACCGUCAGACAGGCGUUCUUGGAGAGCAAUAACACUGCUGAUCUUACCCUUGAUGGACACGGAACAAGAAGUGCUUCGAGGCAAGGCGCGGCGGGGAGAGCUCUUUCGAGCGCAGCGGCUGAUGAUCUCGAAGCAGAACCUCCACAUCCGCUCACCGCGAGUUCCCUGCCCCGCCGGGGUUCGCAGGAGGUCUCCUCCUUUCAGGAGCAGGUGGAUUCUAUGCAGCCACCUGGCGGCUCAGACCUUGACUCCUUUUUGACCCGCAAACCGCAUUUUUGCAAGAGCUGUUGCGUUGGCCCGUCGCCCAGCGUUGGCAGUGACCCCCUUACCUACGAUGGUGAAUGUCUUGAUGUUGCGAAGUGUAGUGCAGCGAGUUCGAAAUUUUUGUCCUCGGGCGUCCAGCGGAAAUACGCACUGAUUUCGACGAUAGUUGGGAACAACGAGGAGCCCUUUCAGCAGGACGACCUUCUUGCGGGAACGUAUUUUCCAAAUUUUGCCGCUCUCGAGCUAGCCCGCCAAAACAUAUUGAAACACGACCGUGAAGAGUCGAUCUCGGCAUUGGACAUUGUGGUACUCGUGCAUCCUGGAAGAAUCGCAGAAAAGCAAGAGCAGGAGCGUUCCGGAUCGACUUCAGCUGGGAACUCGCAUUCCCUAGUCCAGACUUUCCAAGAAAAAUAGGAUAAUGAAACUAACAUGCUACCUUGUUGUACUCAUCCGAUGACGAUUAGUGGUCGUAGAAGGUGCUUAGCUUUAUUUGCAUGGAUUCUGCUCUUCCUUGGUCUUGCUGCUUCAUGUUUGCAAAUAGGCGGCACCACCCUGGAUGUGGGUUGUCAUCUGCACAAGAUGAGCUGUCCCUUAGCUCUACGAAUUUGAUAUAUGGCAUAUUCAUUCAAGUUAGUAUGCAGCUUGUACUUCUACAUCUACAUUGUAUUUGAGGGCGACAUGAACUAAAUGAAAUCAACGUCAGUGCUAUCUACUAUAUGCAUCAAGCUACGCCUACGGUGGGCACUUCGAAAUGAGGCUGCGAGUACAAGAAAACGGAUGGGCAUAGGCACAUGGUAGUUUUGAAACAUGAUAAGUAGCUUGGCGUGCUGUCUUCGCAUGUGGUCGUUAAACGCGUUCCCUGGGUGAUCCCGCCAGAAGCAAAGUAUGAUCCAGGCGAAGCUUGGGCAGGCCCAAAGGAUUUCAUCCGGCUGCACGCAUUCAACGAAACUACCUACGACGCGGUUGCUUAUUAUGACAAUGACGUGGAGUUGCAGGACAGCGGGGAGAAUUUGCUGGCCUUGUUCCGUUGCGUGGACGCGCAGCAAGAUUUGCUGCUCACCACUACCGGUGGUCUCAAUGAACCUGUUAGCGUUGGAUUUUUCGCGGUAAAGCCUAGAGCCAAAAUCCUUGACUUGGCGAUGGCUUACUCCAAAGUCGCGAAUUACGACGAAAAAACGGGAUGGGGCCGCUCCGGAUGGACACUAGGCAUUGCAAAUAUGUCAGCUGGGAGCUCAUGCAAGUAUUUGCAAGAUUUGAUUUGGAAUUUGUUUGGUAUUCUGUGGUCUUGUUGUAAAAGUAAAUCUAAAUGCAAAGGCAUUUGUCUUAUUUGUGUAGCGAUGAAUUUUGCAUGAUUCUGACAAGCUAACGAAUGAUCUACCAUGGUGCAUGGCCACGCAAGAAACGCGAUAUGAUUUUCCGAGUAAGUAGCGGAACGGAACAAGAGCUUAAUAUCGAUUCGGUUUUAGUAUGGUAUGCUCUACAGGUCCAGACAAUCGUGUUGUACAGUUUCCGUAGCAAUGACAGAAAGAAGCAACUCAAUGCUUUUGCAGAGUUCCUGAAAAUGACACAUUUGCAUGCGAUAAAGACCGGCAAAGGGUUACUUUGUGGGUGGUGAGGCUGGCCAGGGGUUCUUUUUGAGCUUGUUCUAUCACCCCAGUGCACGGCUUGUACAGCAGACCUACAAAGAAAUCGGGCUUCCGCAGAGCGCAAUCAAAGCAGUCUCGGUCGAUCGCUGCCAGUGGAACUACCAGACGAACGGAUUCGGCUGCGAGGUGAUGAAAGAUCACUGCCUCGAAAUCGUCGCGCAUCAUAAGCCGGGGAACGGAAAUUUGCAAAAAAAGGGAGCAGAAUUUUACGCAGACGACAAUUCGGUGGACAUUAGUAGAGGGAGCACCGAGCCGGGCGAAGUGAAAGAUCAGUGCCUGAAGCGCGGCUACUCGCGGCUACUUGCCGCUACACGGGGUCCUGCGCAAGAUCAAGUCAGUCGGGUAAAUCAUUCAUUCAUUCAAGUUCCAGAGGACGCGAAGGCCGCUUUCUUCGUGAAUGUGUUUUAUUACAUCGAAGAUCCCAAAGACAGGAACCAAUUGGCACAUUUCCUGCCCGCAUUUCCACUGCUUGCCGCAACCUGGGAGGCUCACUUUCGCGGCACAGUUGGAAAUGUGUACAGUAUCGAACCUCGACUGACACUGGUAACGGAUGCCAACGUGCGCACGUUCAUUCCCGACAUGCCGGACGAGUUUGAUCGGCUGCCUGAUGCGCAAAGCAAGUCUGAUCUCAUUCGUUAUGCUCUUCUGUACGGCCAUGGUGGAAUCUUAUCACAUGCAAGAAUGCAGUUAGACCCGCGUGUAAUUCAUCUAUCAGGUCACUCGAGUAGGUAGAGUUCGUAUGAUGAAUUUUUGCAUAAAAACCUUAGGGACUAGAAGUUCUUGGGGGGGACGAAAACUACGCUGAGUAUUAACCUACCGAGCUAAGUUGUGCUGUUCUUAGAUCUGUCUCGGUUACAUAAGUGGUCGGCGACUGCGAGAGUUCUUGGAUUUGAUAAACCUACCUGGACACUGACUUCUUGGUGCAGCGCGACAUACACCUAUCAUACAAAACAACUCCACUCCUCUAGACCCCUAAUUGUAUGCCAAAAGUUGAAGAAAUAAGAUCAAGGUAGCUAGUGCUAGUACACCUUGAUAUUGCUUCUGCUUCCUUGUCGAAGUUCGUCGAGCGAAGGAGUCAGGGGUAACGAAGGAACACAAGACAAUUAACUUCCAAGCAGCCUCGGUCCUGCAUGUACGAAAUGGAAAUCGGAAUUCAGUGGGUGCAGCAUAUGACAAAGAAGUACGUGGUGUUUUUAUUACUCGAUCUCGAUACCCCCUGGGCCCGGCCCUGGAUCAUUAUUGCGAAAGAUUGAAAAUUUGGUUUUUUGGGGCGGGGAGCUGUUUCGCGCAAUAACUUCCUCGCAUUUUGCUAUCUCUGGCUCUUUCAGACGAAGACCGUGACCGCAUUCACUCUGACGACGCCGGUGCCCGCAACGUGGUGCCGGGAAUUGAAUUGUUCUCCUACGAGUACGAUGGUCAACGCUGCCGAGGAGCUGAGGAUCGGGAUUUUGCUCCCAAAUUUUCUUCCAAUUUUCUGGGUGCCACGAAGGGAAGCCAAUACAUGAAACGCGUUUGGGAGGAACAGAAACAGGCCGUGGCGCCGAAAGCGGUCUGCGAUACGCUAGCUGCGGAUCAGGUGGAAAGCGAGCCAAUUUGCUGCGGUAUGGACCCGACCAAAAAUUGCCACAUUUCUUUUGGGUCGCUAGGUGAAGGCACGGCACACACGGUCCCCCUAAAGCCAGCGACCGUUCAAGACGAUGUUGACCCACUGAAGUUACAAGAAAAUGAAGGACCACAUGAAAAACCGUUGCCCGCCGACGAUUCUACUUCUUCCGCUGAAGAGUGCACAACGAAACCAGUAACCGCGGAAGGAAUGACGCAGUUUGUCAUUGCUCCCGGCAUCGAAGAGGUCAAGAACGGAGAGACCGAGGCAGGCCGGGACGCAAAAACGAACGUGGUUACUUGUUUCCGAGGGGAUGAGCACUUGGCCCCGUUUCACAGCAAAUCGCUAGCUCUUGACGCGUCGACAUCGCAGAGCAGUUCAAAAAGCGACAUCCAAAACCUACAAAGAACCCCCAAGUAUCAAGCGUAAAUAUGAUGUCAUAGUCUGUCACUGCAGCUGCUCUACUGAAAAAGAAUCCUGCGUGAUGCAAUAUACUGUGUAGAAAUAGAAAGUUAGAAUUGCGUGGUGUGUGCUGAUUCUUUGAGGAGCAAAUAGUCGCCUCUUUCUCUUUUCGAAACGUGCCGCUGCGUGGUUUGGCUGCCUUGUCAUCAUGGCCUUCAUGUCCUCACGAGGCCGCUCCAGAUUCUGAAGUAAUAAUGUGCAGCAAAGGUUGUUGUAUGGCCUUGGGCACUGUGCUCGACUACUUAUGCACCCAAUGUGCAGGAUGUGCAUGAUGUAGUUGUGUCGGACUAUGGCGUUUUUGCAGUUGAUACUAGCGCACGCUGUCGCACUGCUUAUCACAUGUUUGCCAGUCUGGGAGCGCCGGAGGAUCUGAAAACGGCGAAAUGCGUCGAAGGUCUGAAUGGCGACUCGCUGUUUGCCGAGGUGCUGACAAGAAGUCUGAACAACCCGGACGCCGAAACUGUGAAAAACAUCUGUGCGCGAGAGUCGGAACUGUUCGACGAGGACCAGGAGAGGGCGCCCAUCAACAACGCUCUGACACAACCAGCGGCACCAGCUCCAGUACUGGAACGCAAACGAAGCGCGGUUGCUGAUCACGCACGCCCGGAAACACUGGUCCCAGCAGCUGAGUCUUCGCCGUUGGCGCACGAGGACUCUCCUAGCGCUGACCCUCGUCCAAGAAGAUCUCCCGAAGUAGAACAGGACUCUGAAGAAUCUAGCACCACUUCUGGCGCCCGUACGUCUUAUUUGCAGCUGUGGACGGGGGUUUGCGUUUGGCUUGGUUUUCUCAUGGUGAUGGGAGCAGGCGCUUCGCUGACCUGCUUGUGGUACCUUUUUUCAAAGGGGAAACAAGGGAAGUUCGCUUGGGCAACAAGAGCCGUCGAUGCCGAGUAGGACGACGCCAUUUCUUCAUCGAUGCUCUCACUUGUUUGUGCUUAUCGCGUUUCAACAGUAUCGUCACCAGACACAGAAAAGGGAGAUCUUGAUCCUCUUAAAGCAAACUUUCUUUACAGUAUUUGGAUUGCCACAUCUUUUUCCUUAAUUUUUUUUCAACAUGUUUAGUAAAUUUUAAUUUGCCGAUGCCGUCUAUUGUUCAAUCAUAUUCACAAUACCAUUUUAAGUUUCUGUUUCAGUUUUUCUGUUUGUCUGCAUCCACACCCACAGCCAUUUUUGCACUAGAUUUCUUUUCAACUUUUCACUUUAAUUGCCUUACAAACAACAUUUCAUCUAGUAAUGUAGCUAUCCCCUUGGUACAAGCAUUCGCAUUCCACUCAAGUAUGCUUUUCUGUUUUCGCCAAAAAUUCCCUCGGAUCUCGAAUUUUAAGAAGUUAAACAAAACCUGCAGGAGUUCCCCCGUUUAUUUUUUCGUACGCAUCUAAUUUGUAAGUCUUCGAAUUGGCCGCGUGCGAAUGCGAUCGCGAUGUUGUAGAACUCUUGUCGUUUCGCGGAGUAUAGUCAUAGUCUGCAUUUUUACUGUCCGUGUCGAGUGCAGGAGCCCUGCACUCGAAUACAACAGUCUAAGCGACGAGGCUCAAUGACAAUGAGUGCAGGACCCCUGAUGUGCGCCUCCUGCCUCCGCCUCGCGGCUCUGGCGAAUGAGAACUCACUCAAUAAUACGCAACAUGUACGCGACGUUUUUAUUUUUCUUGGCGCACAGCCACA